AUGGAGGACAAAGUAAUUAAAGAACUUAAACGAAUGACAAAAAUUGGCGUUAUCACUCCUGUAGAAGAGGCAAUAACAUGGGUGUUAUCAAUGGUUGCAACAAGAAAAAAAAACACUGAAGAAAUUAGAUUGUGCAUAGAUUCAAGAGAUUUAAAUGGUGCUCUGAAGAGACCCGAUCACCCAAUGAAAAUUGUUGAGGAAAUAACUAGAAAUUUAGCCAAUGCCACAGUAUUUACGGUCUUAGAUGCUAAAUUUUUUUUUUGGCAGGUACCAUUAGAUGAAGAAUCUUCAAAGUUGACUAGGUUCAAAACUUCCCUUGGCCGAUACAGGUAUCUUAGAAUGCCAUAUGGUAUCAAUAGUGGAUCAGAAGUAUUUCAACGCACAAUGGAAAUACUCUUUGAAGGAUAUCCUUGUGAGAUAAUUGUGGAUGGCAUGCUAGUCACUGGUAAAGAUCUAGACGAGCAUGACAAUAAUUUAAAGGAAGUGCUACAUAGAUGGUAUCAAUAG